AAUAUGGGAAUAAGAAUAAAUAAAGUUCGAAAGAAAAUCGCGUGCCCAGUUGGACGCGUCGACGCAACGCCAAGGCGGUUGGAUACUCUUUGAUCGUACAAAACAAAAAGGCAGAGAAAUUGGGUUUCACAAAUCAAUCUCUGAUUUGUAGGUUUCUGUUUCUUCUGUUCGCCAUUUUUACGGAGCACACCAGAAUCUCUCUUACGUGAUCUCUCUCUCUCUCUCUUAUUUUUCUUCUUGUUCUCUUUGAUUUAUUCUCUAGUUUCUGUGGUUUUGUUUCAAUCGCAUCCUUCGUUUUGUGGAUUUGUUGUUCAUAGUUUGGUUUACUACUCUUGGAAACUUGAAGAAAAAUGGGAGGUGGUAAGGAAAAUGACAGCAAUGACAAAGGCCUGUUUUCAAAUAUGGCGGGGCUUGCUGCAGGGCUCCACUAUGCUCGUCCUCAUGGAUAUCCACCACCAUACGGUGGAGCUGGAUAUCCCCCUCCGGGAGGGUACCCCCCGGCUGGGUAUCCCCCGGCCGGUUAUCCUCCUUACGGUGGACACCCUCAUGCAGCCUAUCCUUAUCAAGGCGGAUACCCCCCCGCUGGUUAUUCUGGCCCCCAUCAUUACCCUGGCCAUGGAUACGGACACGGUAUGGGAGGAUUGUUGGCUGGUGGAGCAGCUGCUGCAGCCGCUGCCUAUGGCGCUCAUCAUCUUGCGCAUGCACGCCCAUUUGGCUUUGGUCACGGAAAAUUCAAACAUGGGAAGUUCAAACAUGGGAAAUUUGGAAAGCGUUGGCAUGGAGGCAAAUUCAAGAGAUGGAAGUGAUAAAUUUGCCACAACUAUAUGUCUGACGUAUAUCGUUACACCGUGAGUUUUGAGUCCAAAACCUGAUAAAUAAAUGUAGCGUUUUAAUGACUUUUUUUGGUUUUUGACAAUGGUAUUUUAACGCUUCUGUUUUGGUUGUUGUGGCUUCUUUAUGUAAAUAAUGAAACUGAUCUCUUUUUUUUAA